CGGUGCGGGCGGUCGCCGCCGCUCUCGCCAUGCGGGCGCUGCUGCUCCCCGCGCUCCUGCUCCCGGCGCUGGCCGCGGCGCGCGGCGCCGCCACGGUGCUGGGUGACAUGGACCAGGUCAGGAUGACCUCGGAGGGCUCCGACUGCCGCUGCAAGUGCAUCCUGCGGCCGCUCAGCAAGGACGCCUGCAGCCGCGUCAGGAACGGCAGCGCGCGCGUGGAGGAUUUCUACACGGUGGAGACGGUGAGCUCGGGGGCCGACUGCAGGUGCUCCUGCACCGCGCCCCCCUCCUCGCUCAACCCCUGCGAGAACGAGUGGAAGAUGGAGAAGCUGAAGAAGCAGGCGCCUGAGCUCUUCAAGCUGCAGUCCAUGGUGGACCUGCUCGAGGGAACGCUGUACAGCAUGGACCUGAUGAAGGUGCACUCCUACAUCAGCAAGGUGGUGGCCCAGAUGAACACACUGGAGGAGACCAUCAAGACUAACCUGAGCAGGGAGAACGACUUCAUGAAGGAGAGCGUCCUGCACCUCACCAACCAGAUGAAACGCUACGAGAACUACUCUGACAUCAUGCUCAGCAUCAAGAAGGAGAUCUCCAACCUGGGCUACCAGCUGCUUCAGAAGGACGCAGCUGCCGUCCCCGAGAGCAAGGCACAGGACACGGCAGGCGGCCGAGAGAAGGAGGCGGGGCGGUACCCCAGCACCCGCAAGGCACUGGGGGACAAGGCGGCCCCCCGAGCGCCCAAGGAGAAACCACUGAAGCCUGAGAAGCCCAAAAAGGAGAACAGCAAGGCCAGGGCAGGGUCCCAGCCCACAGCCAAGCCCAAGCCCCUGGCGCACCAGCAGACCGUGGUCCGAGGCAUCACGUACUACAAGGUGGGGCAGGCGGGAGCGGCGGAGGGGCCGGCCGGCAGCCGCGAGAGCCCUGCAAGGGGGGCAGCUGUGCCGGAACAGCAGGAGGAGAGGGGUCCCCCUCUCCCCCCAGCUGAGGGCACCCCAGCCCAAGCUGUUGCACAGACAGAGACCGCCGUGCCCAGCACCACAGCUGCGCCCAGCACUGCCCCGGCCCCCCGCAGCACCACCCGCAGCCCCCCCAGCCCCCUUGGGCAGGGGGAUGACAGCACUGGGGACCCUGAAACACCAAACAGAGUGAAGGAGGUGGAGUGCGAAGGCACCAUCGAGUCGGUGGAGCCUCCUGUGGAGCACCACAGCUACGGGCGCAACGAGGGGGCCUGGAUGAAGGACCCGGCAGCCAAGGAUGACCGUAUCUAUGUCACCAACUACUACUAUGGGAACAGCCUGGUGGAGUUCAGGAGCCUUGACAACUUCAAGCAGGGCCGCUGGAGCAACCUCUACAAGCUGCCCUACAACUGGAUCGGCACCGGGCACGUGGUGUACCAGGGGGCCUUCUACUAUAACCGUGCCUUCACCAAGAACAUCAUCAAGUAUGACCUGAAGGAGCGGUACGUGGCGGGCUGGGCGCUGCUUCACGACGUGGUGUAUGAGGACACGACGCCCUGGAAGUGGAGGGGCCACUCAGACAUUGACUUUGCUGUGGAUGAGAGCGGGCUCUGGGUUAUCUACCCGUCCGUGGACUAUGACUACUCGCAGCAGGAGGUGAUCGUGCUGAGCCGACUCGACCCCGGGGACCUCUCGGUGCGCAAGGAAACCACCUGGAAGACGGGGCUGAAGCGCAACACCUACGGGAACUGCUUCAUCAUCUGCGGCAUCCUCUACGCUGUGGACACCUACAGCCAGAAGGAAGGGCAGAUCUCCUACGCCUUCGACACGCACACGAACACGGAGGCAGAGCUCCGACUGCCCUUCCUCAACCACUACUCCUUCACCACGCAGGUUGACUACAACCCCAAGGAGAAGGUGCUCUACGCCUGGGACAAUGGCCAUCAGAUGACCUACGGGCUCCACUUCGUGGUCUGAGCACCCAGGCGGUCCCAUCCGCACUCCUGUGCCCACCCUCUGCUGUGCCUGGCUGGGGCACCCUCACACAGCCUGGGCCUGGCACCCCGACCCCAGCUGGGCCAGGGCUGUGGACAGCCCAGCUUCCACCCCAAACCCCUCCCCAUCCACUGUGCCCGUCACCUGCACUGUGCCCACUGCACUGCGGGGCAGGGAGUGCAGGUGAGCACAGCCCCCAGCUGACACCCCCACGACAACGUGGCCCCCGGGGCCACGGCAGCUCGGCUGGCAUCGCCUUCCUGGGGACGCAGAGAGGAGCCCAGCCCCACGUCCCUCCAGCACCGCUGGCACCGCGGCAGCACCCGCCCCGUACCACUGCACUGAGCACCCACUGCACUGCACCCAGCCGAGCCCCCUCCCUGCACACCCCCUGGGACCGCGCGUGCCGGGACAGCCCCGUGCCCUGGCCUGUGCCCAGCCCUGCGGGGCAGGCAGGGCCUCUGGGAGCCAGGCACGAGCAACAGGUGCCGGUUGCUAUUUUAGGAAAUGUGGUUAAGAUGCCCUUGCUUUUGCCGCUCAUUAGCUUGUUAUUUAAACGCAUUCACUGGAGCUCUCUGAGGCCCCUUGGGCAGCUGGUGCAGAGGAGCCUGCCCGUAGCACCGGGGUGUCCUGCCCGCACACCUGCCCGCACACCUGCCCGCACACCUGCCUGCAGCAAGCCCUGGGCAGGGGAGCCCGCGGCCCUCCCGCUCUCCAGGUGAGGCAGGGCAAGGGGCUGCGGGCGCUUGGCUUGGUUUUGGUCAUUUUAGACGUGAACAGUAUUAAAACAUAACAGAUGUGAAAACGG